CGGCAAGAAGGGACACCGAGAUUGCCGUUUUGAGACCAUGGCAGCACGGCUCGUCCGGUCGCACAGCGACAUUGAUCUGCGCGAGGCCGCGCCGUUCCUGGUCAAGGUGGCGACCGAGGCCAAGGCCGCGGCGACGCCCCAAGAGACGACCCACAAGGUGACGCUGCUCAUGGACCAAGAGGAGUGCCCCAUCUGCCUCGACGAGUUCGAGUCGCUCGGGCAGUCCAUCUUUACGGGCGAGUGCGGCCACAAGUUUCACUUUACCUGCCUCCUUGAGAACGUCAACCACGACGAGGCGAAUGCGACCAAGUGCCCCAUCUGCCGCAAGGUGCAGACGCAGUGGCCCGAGCCGACGGCUGGCCUCGCCAAGGCGCACCCGUGCUGCACCAACUGCGGCAAGCGCGGCACAGGCGGCCAAGCCUGCGAGGGCUGCGGCCACUCGCUCGCGCACACACCGACGGCCGCCGAGCGCGCACGCCAGCAAGCCCAGGGCGCGGGCUCGAGCAACGUCAUCGUCGAGUGCCCGGCGUGCCGCAUCCGGUGCCUUGUGAGCUCGACUGCGCGGGGGACACUGCAGUGCCCGAACGGCCACCUCUUUACGCUGCGAAUGCCGUCGUCGGCCGCGGCGCCGCCGCCGUUGCGCGCACCGUCGGGCGGCAUCGUCAUGCGCCAGUGCCCGUCGUGCAUGACCCGCGUCCAGAUGCCGCCAGGCAGCCAACCUGGACAGUACAUGUGCCCGAACGGCCACACGUUCUACUAUCGCCCCUAACGCGGAUUGAAUGUAUAUUUUGUGUGUUGCA